AUGGCUGCUUUGGGCCAGAUUUCCCUGUGCUCCCUCCGUCCAACCCCAUCCCUGGUUGGGAGAUAUGGCAAACUGGUUGGUGUUAUAGGAGAUCUGUCCUCAGAGACGUCUCUUCAUAUUGCCAACAUACUGAGUCUAUAUGGAUACCCACAGAUCAGCUAUGGAGCUACACAUCCCAAUUUAGCCAACAAAAAUCUCUAUCCAUCUUUCUUCCGAACCCUUCACAAUGACCAUAUUCAUAUUAAAGCAGUUGUAAAAUUACUCAAGCAUUUUGGCUGGACCUGGAUUGGAAUGAUUAUAUCAGAUGAUAUUUAUGGGGAAAUUCAGAGCCAGGAAUUAAAACAAAUGGCUGCUUUAAAUGGAAUCUGUAUUGAGUUCUCUCUAAAGACAACUGCCGAAGAAGAGUUUGAUCAACUUAAACUUUACUUUUUAAGAAGACUACAUUUUAAAGAUCCCACUGGGGAGGAUGUAUAUUUCGAUGAGAAUGGAGAGAUGCCUACAGUGUAUGACAUUGAAAACUGUAUCAUGUUAACCAAUGGGCAAAUAAUGACAAAUAGUGUUGGGAUGUUAAACGUAUCUGCUCCAAAUGGACAACAACUUAUCAUCAAUGAGACGCUCAUAACAUGGAAAAAUAGUGCUACUGAGAUUCCACUUUCAAGAUGUUCUGAAGACUGUCCUCCCGGCUACAGACAGGUACCACGAGAAUCAAUACAUAUUUGCUGCUUCAGUUGUGCACCGUGCCCAGACGGAGAGAUAUCCAACCAAACAGACAAGAUAUCUUGUGAAAAGUGUCCUGAUGACAAAUGGCCAAAUGAAGGAAAGGACAAAUGCAUCAAUAAACUCACUGAGUUUUUAUCCAUCAGAAAUGAUCCAAUAGCUUUAGCACUUUCUCUUGUUUCUGUUUUAUUUUCAACAACCGCUUCCAUUAACUUAUGUAUAUUUAUUUUAUUCCGAGACACUCCUAUCGUUAGAGCUAAUAAUCAAAAUCUCAGCUUUAUUUUGUUGGUUUCAAUCAUACUGAGCUUCCUCUUUGUGUUUCUGUUCCUUGGUCGUCCAGUGGAUAUAAUUUGCAUGCUGCGUCAGACCUCCUUUGGAGUUAUCUUCUCUGUAGCUGUGUCUUCUCUGUUGGCCAAGACAAUCAUGGUUUGCAUCGCUUUCAAAGCUACCAAACCAGGCAACUCUUGGGGAAAAUGGAUGGGGAUAAAAAUACCCAACUGUGUGGUUUUUAUUUGUUCAUUUACUAUGGUUAUGAUAUGUAUUAGUUGGCUCUCUAUCUCACCCCCCUUCCAGGAGAUGAACACUCACCUUUAUCCUGGAAAGAUCAUCAUUCAGUGCAAUGAAGGUUCAGUCAUUGCCUUUUACACUGUCCUUGGUUACAUGGGGUUCCUUGCAGCUGUGAGUUUCAUUGUUGCAUUUCUGGUCAGGAAAUUGCCAGAUAGUUUUAAUGAAGCCAAGUACAUCACCUUCAGUAUGUUGGUUUUCUGCAAUGUGUGGAUCACGUUUAUCCCAGCUUAUAUGAGUGUUAUGGGGAAAAACACUGUGAUCGUUGAGAUUUUUGCUAUAAUAGCUUCUAGUGCUGGAAUUCUAAUCUGCAUAUUUUUUCCAAAGUGUUAUAUUAUACUGUUUAAACCUCAGUUGAAUUCAAAAGUGAACUUACUAAAACUGUCUUCUUGA